AAAGCUAAACAACAACAUCAGUGAUUGUCUCUGUUAGCUGCUGUCCGCGUGUUCCUGUGACCGCGGACUGACUUUAUAAUUAUUUCAUCUUCUUAUCUUGUUAUUUAUCUUGUUAUCUAUCUUAUUAUUGUAUCUCGUAGCUGAGCUGUUAGCCGCCUGGAGCUAACGCGAGCUAGCUGCCAGCACGUUAGCAUUCACCAACAUGGAUGAUAACAAGAUGGUGGCUGGUAAAGUGAAGAAACCGGGAAAACGCGGCCGCAAACCUGCGAAGAUCGACCUGAAGGCCAAACUGGAGCGAAGCCGUCAGAGCGCCAGAGAGUGCAGAGCGAGGAAGAAGCUGAGGUACCAGUACCUGGAGGAACUGGUUUCCAGUAAGGAGAGAGCCAUCUGCGCCCUGCGGGAGGAGCUAGAGAUGUACAAGCAGUGGUGCUCGGCGAUGGAUCAGGGUAAAAUCCCCUCAGAGAUUAAAGCUCUGCUGACCGGAGACGAACAGAAAAUGCCACAAAGUGGCAGCAGCACCAAGUCGACCAAGAACAGCAAGAACAACAGCAUCAGCAACAACGGCAAGGGUUAAAGGUUGGGGGUCAAUCUGUGAUGAUGUCACACUGCUGCUUUCAAUCAUCUACAACACAACAUGUAGUUCCAGACUCAUAAUCCCAGUUAAUUAUCACGCCUUAUCUCCGGUUCACAGAGCAGAUAACACAUUUCUCCUCCUGUAAAACAUCUAACUGUCCUUCAUCAGGUGUCUGUCUGCAGCACAUCAAUCAGUCAUCUGAUUCAUACAGACAUAUUUAGUUUAUUAGAGUUUUUAUCAUCUAUAAUUCCUCUUCAGGCUUGAGAGGAACGACUAACUGCAUCACUUCUGUUCCUAUAAAACAGGAAUUAUUUCUCUAACAGUGUGAAGUGUUUAGUUGAAGGACGGCUGUGUUAAUGUCAACUGUAGACUGACUUUAAGCUUCCUUUAAAAAUAUGAAUGGUUGUUUAAAUGUUAAUUUCAAAUUUCUUUUGUUUCCAAGAGAGGAAAUGACUGGAAAAGAUAACAAACAGGUGGAAUCUCCCAUUUUUAAUACAAAACCUUAACUUCUUUAUCUUUUCAACUAACUCGGUAAACUCAAAUCUCUGACAUCUUGUAUCCAUUAUAUAUUUAUAAUCCUAUUUUAUCAACAUUUUCAAAACAAAAUAGCAAAUUCUGUUCAACUUUUGUGUUUUUUUUCCUUUACAUUUUUCAUGUAACGCGUCUUUAAAUAUCUUGAAAAGUGCUUUAUAUAUAAAUGUUGUUAUUAUUUUUAUUAUUUUUAUUUAAGUCGAUCUACAGUCUCUAAGAAAAGUUCACACUGUGCUCGAAUAAUUUCUUUUUUUAGAACAAUGUGAAAUCUUCUAGUCUAGUUCCUCAUUUAAUUUCAUUUCAUUUAGAGAUCAUCCUUUAUGGUUUUAUUGUGAUUUCUACGUCACCUGAUUGACUGAUGGACUGGAUAUAAGAACAUUUGGAGCAUAAAUCAUAUUUUAAGCUGUCUUUAUUAGUCUGCUGUGGCUCUUCACCGUGUAUUUCUGGAGUAUAAAUGACAGUAAAUGUUUAAAUGUGUUUGCUGGCCGUCCUACUGUAGCGUUAAAACACAGCUCAGAGGAGAAUAAAUGUACAGUGAUGUUGAAGUCUGUCGGAUAUAUUUUUGUAUUUGUAUUUUAUAUAAAGGCUCAGAGGAAGAUGUGAGAGUGAAAUAUGAUUGUGAUGAUAAAUUGUAGAUGAACGAUGAGUAGGUUUACUGUCACACCCGUUUACUGUUGUUUCUUUCUGCUCUCUUCAUAUUUAAUCUGUGUAAAUGUUUGAAGCUCUUAUGUUUUUGUCAGUGAGGAGAUAAAAACUUUGUGCACUUUCUUCUAUUUUCCUCAGAAGCACUUUGUUAGACGAUUGUAGUUUGAAGCUUUGCGGCGAUAUCUGUGUUUGUUUCUCAGAGAAAAAUAAAAGUGUGUUUGUCUCUGA